UCCAGAGCAGAUGUGAGGAAACGCAGAUCAGCAAAUCAUCUGCGGGAUGUACUGCAGAAAAUGCGUGCCGAAAUUAAAGCUACUGAAGAACAGUUAAGUACCUAUAGAGAAGAUAUUAAAGCAACUCUCAACAGACAGAGAAUUGUGGAGAAUAGUAUUCAAAGCACGAACGAUUCAUCCCUUUUGGUGGAAAAGCUACGAUGUGACCUCAAAAAGCAGGUGACUCUUGAACAAAUAAGAACUGAAGAACAAACAGAAAGGUAUCAAAAUAUAGUUACUAAAUAUGAAAAGCUGUGGAAUGGCUAUGAGGCGGUGUAUAACUUGUUUCCCAUGGUACCUGAAAGAAACAACUUACAGUUACGUAUAAAGAGGCUGGAAAUAAUUGUUUUGCACAAAAGGAAGUUACUGGAGUCAGAGAAGGCAAAGAAGAAUCAAAUAGAAGCAAUAAGAGGCUGUGUUCCUGCAAACACAGCUGCCACACUUAUAGAUGUGUACUGUGAUUAUGGUGCAGCACCUGCUGUUAGUCACUCUACUCCAGAAGUUGUAGGAAAAAGAUGA